AUGGCUCCAUAUGAGGCUCUGUAUGGCAGAAAAUGUCAGUCUCCACUAUGUUGGCAUGAAACUGGAGAAAGGAGUUUGUUAGGGCCUGAAAUGAUAGCUGAAACUACUGAACAGAUAAAGAAGAUUCGUAGUCGAAUGCUUAUAGCCCAGAGCCGCCAGAAAAGUUAUGCUGAUCGGAGGCAAAAGCCUUUGGAAUUUGAGGAAGGGGAGCAUGUUUUUCUGAAAGUUACACCAACCACUGGACUUCGGAAAUAUACUCCUGACGUAAGUCAUGUUUUGGAACCAGAACCAAUCCAAGUAAGAGAAGAUCUAACACUCCCAGUAAUUCCGGUGAGAAUUGAUGACUUCAGUAUUAAACGAUUAUGCGGAAGGGAAGUAUCGUUGGUAAAAGUAGCUUGGAGUCGAGCUGGUAUCGAGGAACAUACCUGGGAGCUCGAAUCAGAUAUAUGA